AUGAAAUCAACAGUAUUUCUAUCUAUCGUAGCUGCCAUAACAGCAGUUACUGCACAGAUUCAAGAUUCACCCUUUCACUGGUCAGAUAAUCAAAAUGUGAUUUCACCCUACGCAACAUCUGGCAAAAUGGAAGCUAUUGGUAGAACUGGUGUAGCUGCUAUGCAUGCCACUUUAUUAAAUGAAAAGACCAUCUUGAUUAUCGAUAAAGCCGAGUGGAAUGAAGCUCAAUUUGAUUCUGGUCAAAGUGCCUUUUCAGUCCAAUAUGAUCUCGACACGAACACCUAUCGACCUCUUCCUCUUGAAACCAACACAUUCUGUUCUGCAGGUGGUUUCUUGAGCAACGGCAGUUUCAUCAGCACGGGUGGUGGUGAAAAGAGAGGCAGAAACUGGAAAGCAGAGCCUGGAUGGCAAUCUAUCCGUCACUUUACUCCUUGCACAGAUUCCUCUUGUCUCUGGGAGGAAUACAAGACUGGCAAAAUGACUGAAAACCGUUGGUAUCCUACCGUCGAACAGUUGCCUGAGGGUGAUUUGUUCAUCAUUGGUGGCUCUAUCAAGGGCGCUGCUGUCAAUCGUAACGAAAUCAAUGUGCCUUCUUACGAAUUCUGGCCUCCUCGGCCUGAGGGAGAGGUCAAUUUCAAGUUUUUAAAUGAAACUAUGCCCUACAAUUUGUAUCCUUUUGUCUUUACCCUUCCCGACGGCAACUUGUUCAUCUUUGCAAACAAGAAAUCAAUCAUUUACGACUACAACAACCAAAAGAUAGUCAAGGAAUUGCCCAAGAUCCCAGGCAACCCUCGCUCUUAUCCCUUGACUGGUGGCGCCAUCAUGCUUCCUUUAGACCCCAAGAACAAUUACAAUGUUGAAAUCUUGAUUUGCGGUGGUUCGGAGCGUAUGAAGAACAAUGCUGCUGCUGAUGACACCUGUGGUCGUAUCAAUCUGGGCGAUGAAGACCCUCAAUGGAAGAUGGAGACCUUUGUACACAAGCGUCUUAUGCCUGAUGGCCUUAUUAUGGCUGAUGGCAACUUACUCUGGAUUAAUGGCUGUCAACGAGGCUGGGCAGGCUACAAUGGACGCAAUCAUGAUCCUACAUUUGAUCCUCUCAUCUAUACGCCUACUGCUCCCGCAGGCAAGCGCUGGACACAAAACUUGGCAAACACAGACAUUGCUCGUAUGUAUCACUCUGUGGCUCUUACCUUGCCAGACGGUCGUAUCUGGAUUGCUGGCUCCAACAACGUGGAUCCUCCUGAUGUCAAUGCUGAAUAUCCAACAGAAUUCAGAGUGGAAUACUUCUCUCCUCCUUAUUUGUUCAAGACCAAGACCAGACCACUGAUCUCUCAUGUACCUCGUGUUGUCACUUAUGGCGAAAGCUUUGACAUCUUGUUGAACCUGGAUGGUUUAGCAACAAGCAAAGAAGACGCUCAAAAGAUUCGUGUAGGCUUGCUCCGCUCUGGUUUUAGUACUCACUCAAUGCACAUGUCUCAACGUUACGUAUUCUUGGAGCAUGAGGUUUCUGAAGACUUGCAAACCUUGAAGGUUACUGCUCCUCCUACUGCUCCCAUCUACCCACCUGGUGCUGGUAUCCUGUAUGUUCUCUAUGACGGCGUACCAUCUCUUGGUACCGAGAUUUUUGUCGAACAUCAGGUCAGUGAUUUGUUGAUCUAA